GGAAAUAUGAUUAAUGAUAAUAUCUAGUAGCUAGGGAGGUUGAAUAAUAGCACACGCCACUAGAGGCCAUUGGCUCUUAGAAUUAUUUAUUUAUUUAUAUAUCUCGAUCAACUCCCAAUUGGUAGUUGAGAAAAUGGCAGAAAACAGUAGUAGUAGUAUAGAGAGAAAGAAGAGCAAGAAGCAUAACAAUAGCAGCAGUAGGAGGUUCAGCGAUGAACAAAUAAAAUCACUAGAGUCGGUGUUCAAGAGGGAGAACAAGCUGGAACCAAGGAAGAAGGUGGAGAUGGCUAGAGAGCUGGGACUGCACCCGCGCCAGGUGGCUAUAUGGUUUCAAAACAGAAGGGCUCGCUGGAAGUCCAAACAGGUGGAGCAAGACUACUACAAUCUCAAGGCCGAUUACGACACCUUAGCUCACCGCUUCGAGUCCUUAAAGAAGGAGAAACAUGCCUUGCUCCACCAGGUAAGUCAGCUAAAAGAACUGGACAGUGGGUCUGAAAACGGAGGAGAGUUGAAGAAUGGUAACUCAAGCAGCGGACCAUUAGAAUACAUGCAGGGUGAUAAAUUAGUCUCAGAAGAAGAAGAAGAAGAAGAAGAAAGGCAUGAAAACCUUGACAUGGCUAGUCUUUUUGAUCAGUCAUGUUCAAACUGGUGGGACAUUUGGUCAUCAAACUCAUGAUCGAUAUUAUACAUAUAUAGCGUAGAGAAUUAUAUAUGUAUAUCUUAUGGGGUUUGAAUUGAAGUAGCUAGCUAGCUAGCUAGGAUACUAAUUAGAUAUAUAGGAGGAGCUAAUUAAGGAUGUAACGGCAAAGUGGUGAGCAUGUGGACGGGCUUGCUGUUUGUCUGCACUUAUAUGCAAGAUAUGUGUGCAAACUACUACUACUACUACUACUAGUGUGUCUUCACGUUCAACUCAAAAUCUCAUGUGAUUGCCAAACUCGAUCCAUCUUAUUUUUCGUUUCUUAAUGCUAUCUAACUUUUGAUCAACAAUCCUUGUUUGUUGGAAUUAGUUGUUUGAUACUAGUUUGGAUGAACCUUAUGGGUCAGGUCUGUAUAAGUUAAGUUUUAAUGAUCAUUAUGUAAUUUGUAUUAGGUUAAGAGGUUAUGGUGUAAGUAAGGAUUGUAAAUAGAGAACCGUAAGCAUGUCUCCUUUACCAAACGACACAUCGAUUAGGGCAUGUCGCCAUAUUGGCGACCAGGAUGUAAAUAGAAGGGUUAAAACCCCUAAUAAAAGUUCUCUUUUCUA